AUGACUACCGAUUUACGAAAGAGGAAAGAACAACUUCGUUUGGCUCGUUUAGUAGAAGGCCGUGGAUUCGAGAUGCCUUCGUAUUCUUUAUGUGAUCGUCAGGAGCGUAAAUGCAUUGUCUCCUCAACUGAUUCUUCACGUUGUGCUGAGUGUAUUCGUCAAGGGAAGAAGUGCGAUGUUCGAGGUCCGUCGGAGAGCGAUUGGGAUAGCCUGGAUCGUCAAAAGGCGAGGUUGGAGCAGGAGGAGGAAGAGGCGAUGGCCAAAAUUCUUCGGCUUAGGAAGCAGAAGCGUCUUUUGUUAGAGCGAGAGUCUGAUAUGCUUCGUCGGGGUUUGCGUACUCUUGAUGAGCUUGUGGAAGUUGAAGAGAAGGAAAGGUUGGAAAAUGAGCGUAUGGAAAGAGAGAGAGAGCAAGCGGAUACAGGUCCAUUGGUGCCUGCUGCAGCUAGUUCGAAUGUGCUGGAUAACUUUGAUCCUUCCUCUUUCCUGAGUCCUUCAGACCCCUUUUCUUUUCAGAAUUCUUCAGGUACUUUUUGGGGAGAUCCGGAUAGCGUUGGUGAGAUGCCUUCAACUUCUCAGGGCAGCUGA